GCUGCCCACUCAAACCCCUUUGCUUUAUCUCUCUCUCCAAUCUCCCUUCAUAGCGCUGAUAAUGUCGUGGAAAUAUUUUCUGCAGCCAGCAGCCCUGGAUAAAGUGAUGCAGCGUAAAGUUACGUGCUUGCUGGGGCGCGGACAGGGAGGCCCCUUGCACUUGCAGCAUGAACUCGCUCGCGUAUGCACCCUAUGGUUUCUGCCAGUGUCAUUCCCACAUGGCCUCCACGCCUGUUGGGAGACGAUCCCGCCGAACCUCUUGGCCUUUUCUGGGGACGAGGGGGCAAAUCACUUUACCCCAGACGGUGUCAGGGUUUAGCCGGUGUGUGGGUGUUCCACGGAUUCGCACUUUGGGGACGCUCGUGGGGGUUACAGCUUCCACGUCAGGAACCAGAGGCACCCGAAUUCUCGAUUACCCUCUGAGCGGCGGAAGCUCCGCCGCACUGGCAACGCCCCUUCGUGCUGGCACCAUUGCGGCCAUACUCCUCGGCCGCCGGCGGAGCGUGAGAAACAAAUCAAAUCAGGAAGCAAGGAGGCUGGUGGAAAGCCCAGCAUGGGGUAGGACAAAUUCGACAUAUCAAAGACCGACACAAGUUCGACCCAUACCACGCUUGGAGACUCAGCCGCCAAUAAGUUUCUCCGCGUGGAGUCAAUGUACGGAGCUGGACCUACUUCGUAUGUGGCUCUGGCCGGCAACGGAGCCUUGGGGCCCGGUAAUAAAGCUUUUUGGUAAGGAUUAGGGCUUACACUGAAGAUGCGCUCUUAAGGUCCAAGAAGAUCAGAGCCGUGGCUGGAGCUGUCGGAUGCUGGCCGCCAUGCAAUAGGCAGAGCGGUGAGCGGAAAUACGAUGACAAGAGGGGAGCACUGAUUUGACUAGUCUAUAUCACAAGCAAACAUUACUUGAAGCAUUCCAUUGCACAGGAAUUACAGAGGUUUUGGCCGCUGACUUGGGAGAGAUCGUGCGAUUCUGAAAAAGUUUAUACACGA